UUAACUUGAGAGCCAUAGCUGGGGUUCUCCGAAGACCUGCGUGCAGGCAGGUUGCCUUCUUCCUUCCUGCAAGGCGCCGCCGCGAGUGAAUUUGUGACGCUCGGCAGCUCGAUCGCCUGCCUGCCGCCGGUAUGCAUCAUAGUGUACGAUGAGGGCAUGACUACUAGUACCACCAUCAGCGGCGGCAUGAUGGAGGACGUCAGGAUCGGGAGCUUCGACGCCGCCGCCGCGUACCCGUCGACGCUGCCGAGCCCGAGGAUGCUGGCCGCCGAGCGGGAGCCGAUCCGCUCUCCGCGGCGCGAGCCGCCGUCGAGCUUCCGGAAGAGCCUCAACCCGAUCUACGCCGAUGCCCACGACGCCACGGCGGCGAGCGGCCCUUCUUCCACCACCACCACGAUGACCGCAGCAUCGGACUCCUUGUCGUCGUCGGCCGCGGCGGACCACGACGAGGACGCCGCCACGGCGCCGGCCAUGGCGGCGACGACGGCGCCCGCGCGGCGGCACACCGGCGGCGGGGACAGCCGGUGGGAGGCCGUCCGCGCCGCGCAGCCGCCGCUGAGCCUGGGCCACUUCCGCCUCCUCCGGCGCCUUGGCUACGGCGACAUCGGCAGCGUGUACCUCGUGGAGCUCCGCGCGGGCGCCGGCCGCGGCGCGCUCUUCGCCAUGAAGGUCAUGGACAAGGGCUCCCUCGCCGGGCGGAACAAGCUGGCCCGCGCGCAGACGGAGCGCGAGAUCCUCGGCCUGCUCGACCACCCCUUCCUCCCCACGCUCUACUCCCACUUCGAGACCGACAAAUUCUGCUGCCUCCUCAUGGAGUACUGCUGCGGCGGCAACCUCCACUCGCUCAGGCAGAAGCAGCCCAACAAGCGAUUCACAGAGGACGCGGCCAGGUUCUACGCGUCCGAAGUGCUUCUCGCGCUGGAGUACCUGCACAUGCUGGGCGUGGUGUACCGGGACCUGAAACCCGAGAACGUGCUGGUCAGGGAGGAAGGCCACAUCAUGCUCUCCGACUUCGACCUCUCCCUGCGGUGCUCCGUCAGCCCGGCGCUCGUCCGCUCCCCGUCCGGCCGUGUCGGCGGCGGCGGCGGCGGCCUCGCCCACGUCUGCAUGCUCCCGCGCAUCCUCCCGGCCAAGAAGAGCAAGAAGAAGAAGAGCAAGGGGGACAGGGACAAGACCGAGCUGGACGAGCCGCCGGUGACCAGCGGCGGCGGCGGCGGCCACGGGAAGAAGAAGCCGCCGCCGCCGCUGGAGUUCACGGCCGAGCCGACGGGCGCGCGGUCGAUGUCGUUCGUGGGCACGCACGAGUACCUGGCGCCGGAGAUCAUCCGCGGCGAGGGCCACGGCAGCGCCGUCGACUGGUGGACCUUCGGCGUCUUUCUGUACGAGCUCCUGCACGGCGCCACGCCGUUCAAGGGCUCCGGCAACCGCGCCACGCUCUUCAACGUCGUCGCACAGCCGCUGCGGUUCCCCGACGCGCCGGCGGUCAGCGCCGCCGCCAGGGACCUCAUCCGCGGCCUGCUGGCCAAGGAGCCGCAGAGCCGGCUCGCGUACCGCCGCGGCGCCGCCGAGGUGAAGCAGCACCCCUUCUUCGACGGCGUCAACUGGGCGCUUGUCAGGAGCGCCCAGCCGCCCUACAUCCCCGACGCCGCCGUCGACCACUGCUCCCAGCUCGCCGACGACGUCGCGGCCGGGGCGCCGCCGCCGGGCGGCACGCCCAAGAGCGCCGGCCGGAAGACCAGCUCGCGUCACACUGAUUCAUCGCAUGUCGAUUUUGAGUACUUUUAG